GACAACAAAGUUGCGAAGAGGGGAGGAAGCCUCGCGAGGGAUUCUCCGUCUUUCCUUCUCGCCGCACCUCCGUCGUCGCCGCUUCCUCGAGAUUCAUAUUGAUUUUCUCAAAGAAGUGCAUUGACCAUUUGAUCAAUUGUGCCUUUCACAUUCGCAUAAGGUAAAAAUUUGACCCUAUGUUUCUUCCUUCUCAUGAACUUCUUUCUUAGAAUUGUUUUCUUCUGAUGAAUUGUUUAGUAUGCAAUACUUAUGUAACACAUCUAUUUGUUUCAUUCCAUGCCACUUCUUCAAAAAGUUGUAUAUAGACGAUAACAGUUUGAAGACAAAAUUUACUGGAUUUGGGGCACUGUUUUCAGUAGACAUGUACUUGAGGAGGUCUGUUAUUUUGUCAACUAUAAAUUUUGGGAAAGUUCUACACAAAUUUUCAUAGCAAUAUGAUUGCGUUGAUGAUUGGUUUUCUCACUGCUUAAGCACAUUUGGUGUGCCACUGCUGAAUGAAUUACUUGAAAAUGAUCUUUAGCAUAUAUGAUAUGAGAAUGAGCAGUAUCUAGUAGUUACAUUUUAGCUAUGAUAAGAUGUGCUUUAUGAGACACGAAAUUCUUAGUGUAUGAUUCAUGAGAUAUAAAGGAGUUAACAUCGAUUUUUCUCUUUUGUGAGAUGCACUUCCUUGCAUCAUUUCACGGAUGUGCAGGUUUCAAGUUGUUCUUAUAUAGUAUUGAAUGGACUGCAAAAAGUUCUUGCAAUUGGUUGAAGAUAAGAAGAAGAGAAUUCUGGAUAGGAAAGAGGCCCCCUUGAAAUGGGAGCAGAAACUAGAAGCUGGUGCUAUGGCAAAGGCUGAUGCAGAAGCAAGGGAGAGGAAAGUAAAGGCUUCAACAAAGCACAAAAGAAGGUCCUACUCUGAAUCACACAGUGACAGUGAUUCUGACAGCGGUUCCUCCGAUCGGAAGCAUAGAAAAAGAAGAGUUCACAAGAAGCACAGGAUGCAUGGCAAGUCUGAUGCAGAAGGUGGUGGGAAAAGGAAACACAGAUCCAACAAAAGGAACUCAAGCUCUAGUGAUGAAGAUAGCGGUGAGGAUGAUUCAUGUAGGAAGAGGCACACUCACAGGAGGAAGCAUAGACGGUCGUCCACAAGGGACUCCAGCAGCACAAGCAGCGAAGAUGAUGAAAAAAGAUCUAACAGGAAAAGUCAUUCUAAGCACCACAAGUGCCAUCAUCAGUCAGGUGAUGAAGAUUCUAGUUCGGACUCUAAAAUAAGGAAAAGAAGCUCCAGGCACCGGCGGCAACGCAGGUCAAGUGCUGAAGUAUCAUCUGAUUAUGACGAUUACAAACACAAUAGGGGUUCUUCCCUAGACAAAUCAUCAGAUGGAGAGUAUGAGACUGGGAAGCCAAGGGAUAACAAAAAGUCUCCUCAUAAGCAUGGGCACCACCUUCACCACCGCAGUGACCACCACAAACAUGGCCAUAAUCAUAUUCCAGUGGAGCCAGAUAUGGUUGUUGGGACAAAUGGAGCUAGCAAAAAUUAGAUUUUUUUAAGCAUUGAUAGCAGCAUCCAUGUAAACUUGAUCCCCGGCUAAAUUACUGAUUGUUGACUUAUUGAUUAUUUAUGGCUUUCAGACUGAAUGAUUCUCUCGGACUCA